AUGAAGGCCCUGUACACCCGCACGUUCUUUCGGGUUGUAAUACCGACUGAAUUUGGAGAGAAGGUGGCGGUUGUCGGUUCCGAAUCGCAGCUCGGCAACUGGCAGGUUUCUCGCUGCCAUGAGCUCGUGACAAAUGAAGAUGUGGUGCCCGCGUGGUUUAGCAAGAAGCCAGCGAUCUUGCCGCUCAAGAAGAAGGUGGCAUACAAAUACGUUGUACUGAAUGAUCGAAAUGAAAUCGUUCGGUGGGAAGAGAUUGAAGGCAAUCGCGAGCUGACACCCACAGGGGUCGAGAUGCUCGUUGAGGAUGAUAAUGGAUACAUUAGAGGCAAAACAUCAUGCGAGAUGCCGGUGUCCCUUUCUUUGGACGCUCAGCCGGAGUCAGAAACGGAUCCAACGGGUUUAGCGGAGGCGCAAGAGCGUUUGCUAUCUGCCCAGGAAGGCCGUGUGAAGAUCGAUCAGAAUGACAGCCUUCUCGUUGUGGCGUUGGAGUUGCCGCUGAGGGUUGUUCGGGUGUCCGAGCACCACAAUUCGGAGGCAGAGAGCAAAGCGAUCGCUGCUGUGGCAGCAUCUGCUAGCUCCCCUGUACCACAGCUGCGAGACGGGAGUGGCGAGCCAGUUGCCUUUGCGCGAAGUGCUAGUGGUCGCUUUGAGUUGCGUCCAUCGAAGUGCACUUUGCUGCCGUCGCUAUUUCACCUCAGGAGGCGGACUCACCUGCCCGUGUCUUUCUUCGGCUUUCCGGGGGUUUACACGACUGACGAGGAGGAGAAGGAGGAGAUCAGGCAGUUGCUGGAGCCGUAUAGCUGCUUUCCAAUAUUCUGCCCUGAGAAGGAAAUGGCAGAGUGCCUUUGUUUCUGCAAUCAGAUCAUGCGUCCACUCUUCCACAACGUCCUCUCAGUGGACUCAGAAGCACAGGAGCCGUAUAAUCCGCAGCUCUGGAGUGCCUACCAAUACAUCAGCAAGCUCUACGCCACCGAGGUGGCCUUGCACAUGCAAGAGACAGACAUUGUCUGGAUCCAUGACUUCCAGCUGCUCGUCGCACCCAUGUACAUCACGCGCAGAAACCGAAGAGCAAACAUUGGGCUGUUUCUCCACGUCCCUUUCCCCUCGAGCGAGAUCUUUCGCUGCCUCCCCUGCAGAGAAGAAAUCCUCCGUGGAAUGCUCUGCGCGGACUUGAUCGGCUUCCACUUCUUUGAGUAUGCGCGCCACUUCUUGGUGACCUGUAAGCGACUUCUUGGUCUGGAGUACUCCUUUAGGCGAGGGGGUCUCUUGGCGAUUGACUUCGGAGGCAGGAGCGUCUUUGUCAGGAUUGGACACGUGCAUGUAAUGUACCAGAGCCUCGAAAAGGCACUCCGAGAGAGCGACUGCAAGCAAAGAGCAGACGCUAUCCGGGAACGCCAUCAAGGAAAGUUCAUUUUCGGGUCUGUCGAUCGGUGCGAGCCUCUCGCCGGCUUGCAGCUGAAAAUACGCGCGUUGGACAAGUUCCUCGAGUCUUAUCAAUAUGCCAGGGGCAAAGUAGUGCUGUUGCAGUACGCGUAUCCGGUGCGCACCACUGAGCGGAGUGAUGAGCGUGCGUUGGCUGCCCAUCUGUUGCAGCUUACGAAGGAAGUGAAUGACAAGUAUAGCGAUGCAGGAUGCGACCACAUCGAGUUGGUGGUGAAGGAAGUCGAAUGGGAAGAGCGCUGCAGUCUCUUCAUGGCUGCCGACUGUCUCCUGGACAGCUGCAUCCGCGACGGCCUCAACCUCAAUCCUUUCGAGUACUAUUGCUGCCGGGCAGGAGAGAAGCACACAGCUGCCAUUCUCUCCGAGUUCACUGGAUGCUCGAGGGCCCUUGCAUCGCCUAUUCGAGCGAACCCGUGGAACUGCGAUGCAAUGGCUGCCGCAAUGGAUACUGCAAUAGGGGGCCGCGAUAAUAUGGAGGUAGCAGUAUCGCGAGAUCGCACGCAUCUACAGCACAACAACACGCUUAAUUGGGCAGAAGAAUUCGUGUUAGAUCUCGCUAGAGCCAGAAAAAGCGCCGACUUUGUAUACUUAGACACCGCUCUGGUAAUGAACGCUUUCCGCAACUCUCGGCACCGAGUCUUCUUCUUUGAUUGCGAAGGAACUCUUGCACCUGACCAGCGACGGCUCACUAUGAUGCAUACGAACGGAGAGCAGCUGUUUGCAGCAGGCCGUCCACCCUCCCCCCAGGUGCAGAAAUGCUUGAAGGCACUUUUGCGGAGCCCUAAGAAUACGGUUGUCAUCCUGAGCGGAAGAGAUAGGACGCUGCUGGAAGACUGGUUUAGAGGAGUGAAGGGUAUCGGCCUUUGUGCAGAACAUGGGUACUACUACCGCCUUGAUCGGCUGACGGGAGAUGAAUGGGGCUGCAUGUGCCCGGAUGCGGACUUCACGUGGAAAUCCGUCGCCAUGGAGCUGAUGCUGCAGUACGUCAAGCGGACUCAGGGGUCCUUCAUUGAAAACAAGGGAAGCGCGUUAGUCUUUCAAUACCGAGACGCUGAUCCGGAUUUUGGUCAGCUGCAAGCCAAAGACCUGUCUAGCCACCUCAGUGAGUUGCUGUUUGGCUAUCCAGUGACAGUCGUCAGCGGCAAGGGCUACGUGGAGGUGAAGCUUCUCGGCGUGAACAAGGGGAGGGCGGUAGAAAAGAUCAUGCAGACGCUCACAACCCUCCACGGAGACAUUGACUUUGUUCUCUGCAUUGGCGAUGACAGGCAAGUGCACCACGUGCUUAUCUUCAUGUUGACUGAGAAAGAGGAGGGAAGGUGGUGA